GAAAAUUGUCCAGAAGGUAGAAGCAAACGCCAGAAAAUAGAGGAUUCGAGCAAAUAUUCUAUCGAAGUCUCUAAUAAUCAGCCGAACGUAGCUUAUGAAGAUUCUGGCAUUAAACUUACUACAGUUGAAGCUCUUCCAGCUUCCGAAAAUAUUGACUGUGUUUCUUUAAGUUCUAUUUUGUCUUCUGAGAAUUUGAUCGAAAUGGUUCAAUUUAAUUAUAUGGUAGAACUUGAAUUCCUAAUGACUAAUUUACCUAAGUCUAAACAGAAGAUCAUUCCUACGACUAUUGUUCAUGGACUUAGUGGAGAAAGUGAAAAAUAUUUAAAGGAUGAGGCAAAACUUUUCAAAAAUGUAAAACUGAUUUCUCCACGACUACCUAUUCCAUAUGGAACACAUCAUACGAAAGCAAUGUUGCUUUUUUAUGCGAAUUCCACAAUGCGUCUGAUUAUUCAUACUGCAAACGCGAUCAGAAGAGACUGGGCCAACAAAACUCAGGGGGUAUAUAUGUCACCAUUUCUACUUAAGAAACGCAAUAUUGCUUCAUCUUCAGAAUUCGAAUCAGAUUUUAUGGAAUAUUUAGAGAGUUAUGGUGACAAAUUAAAUAUCAUUCGGAAUAAAGUGAAGGAAUAUGACUUUUCGACUAUAAAGGCAAUAUUAAUUGCCUCAAUACCAGGUUAUCACGUCAAUGAAAAACUAGAACUAUUUGGGCACAUGAGGCUUAGGAACAUUUUAAGCCGUGUCACCGUUCCAUUAUCGUGUAAGUUGGAUAGUACUAUUAUAUGUCAGUUUUCAAGCAUUGGUUCACUCGGUAAAGAUGAGAAAUGGCUAAUAGAAGAAUUUGCAGAAAGUUUAAAGUAUGCAAAAAACCAAAAUCAAUGCAGCGAACCGGAUAUUAAAUUAGUUUAUCCAACCGUUGAAAAUGUCAGCAACAGUUUGGAAGGGUGGGCAGCUGGAAACUCUUUACCAUUUGAUCAUAAAAAUUACUUAAAACAAAAACAUUAUAUGCAGAAAUAUUUACACAAAUGGAAGGCAAUUGAAGCUGGAAGAGAACGUGCAAUGCCACAUAUUAAAACAUAUUCUCGGAUGACAAUGAUACCGAAUUCAAAUAAUGAUAAUAAUUUAGAAUCAAAAUCAAGUGCAGAAAUUGCAUGGUUAUUGUUAACUAGUAGUAAUUUGUCUAAAGCUGCAUGGGGUGCUUUACAGAAGAAAGACAAACAGUUGAUGAUACGAAGCUAUGAGUUGGGUAUAUUGACCUUUCCAGAGUUAUUUCAAAAUGAUGAAUAUACUUCGGUUCAUAUGUUGAAUUCUACUCCUCAAAAUUUAAAACCUCUAUUACCAUCUUUUAACUCACCUUCAAAGUCAACUUCAUCUAAGAAGAGAAAUCGACCUGAAGAAAAAAAUACAUUGAUAAUUCCUAUCCGCUUACCUUACGAUCUACCAUUAACACCAUAUAAUUUUAAGGAUGGUGAUGAAUGCUGGACAUGGAAUAUACCAAGGACUGAAACAGAUUGUUUAGGAUUAAAAAAAUUUUGAUUUUGUUAUUAUAUUAAUUUAUAAAUGAAAAGAAAAUAUUAUACAAUUUAUAAAU